UCAUAAGUGUCGACGUCAGUAGUCGCUUCUGAGGCUUGGCACCGGGAAGGCGUGAUCCUCCCGCGCGCGCCACCGCUGUUGGAAUUUUUUAUUUUAUUUUUAUAUUUGGGUGAUUGUUUGUCCUUUUUUUAUUUUGGAAGUUCACUGUGAAAAUAAACCCCCGCCACACGGAAUAAUCGACGGUGAAGGGAACGCUCAUCUCGUGAGAAUAACUUCGCUUCGGAGGAAACCAAAAGAAGUGAUUCGCCGGUGUCGUGACGUCACAACCAGCGUCCCGCCCCCUCCCCCUCCCACCUAGGGCCCCCUUGGGUCAGCAGCCUCGACCAGCGACCACGCGCGAAGAAAGGCCAGGCUGACAGACGCAGACGUAGUGGCGGAAGGACGGAACCUGACGCCGGUGCUGACGCCGCUGACAUUGGCGAGGGCGAGAGGAUGUUGGCGCUUUUGUGAGCCGCGAGAGACACACAGGCGAGACACCGUGGGAAUUCUCCUGUCGGCCAUCUUGCUGCCGUCGGCGCCAUGGAUAUGACGCGGAGCAUUCAGGAGGCGGCGGCCCUGCGCGACGUGGCCUACGUCGUCCGCUUCGGCCACUUCCCCGGCGACGCCUUCGCUCUGUCGCGGCGGCUCAGCGGGGCCUCCUCUCCCCCUCCUCUUCCUCCCUUCUGCGCGCCUUCGGGAGGCGUCAGCGGCGGCGAGGAUGAAGGGCUGCAGGACCCCUCGGAGGGCAGGACGUCCCCCUCGCCGUCGUCCCUGGCCAGCGGCACCAACAACCCCUUCGGCGACGAGGAGGACGAGGUCGAGGAGCCUUCGAAGUCGCUAAAGCUCGACCUGAAUCCCUUCGGAGGCGAGGAGGACGAGGAGGACGACGAGGAGAGAGGAGGCUUGAGGGACGACCUGCCCGCAACCUCGGCCUCCAGCUGCACCACGACCUCGCCCCGCUCGCCCCUCAGCUCCGGCGUGGCCACGGGCAGGAGCUCCCCCACCACCAGCCAGGCGUCCCCCACCACGGGGCCGAGCUCCCCCACCGCGCGCCUCUUCUUCCCCGCCAGCAAGAGCGCGUCGCCGCCACCCCUGACGUCGCCGCUCCCUCUCGAGCCCUUGCAGGUCGACGACGUCACCAGGAGCCGCACGGAGGAGGUCAUCUCGGUGGCAUUCAACGUGACCCGCCUUGACCUCAAGAGACUCAUUGAAGACGCAGGAAAAAACCAGGAACCGCCUCGGGUAGAAAUCCUGCUGGAGGAGAUACGGACGGAGGGGCUGAAGGUGGCGCCCCUUACAGGUACCAGCACGCCUCCCCUGCUUUUCUUCCGAGCAGUCGUAAGCGGGAGGGAGAGAUACACGUGUUUCAGCAGCACGUCGGCGACCAACACUACGCGCCAGUCUCUCACUCUAACGGUAAACAACAUGUACAGGGAAGCGCUGGUCAUGGAGGUGUGGACCGCCCGGGAGCCAUCAGUGCCAGAGCCCCAAAGUGGCCCUGUGCUGGAUAUCCUCGGGCGUCUCAUCACAGGCACCAGGAGAGCCAAAAAGGAGAGGGAGACAAACAGGAGGCCGGCCGGCCAGGCUCCGAGGGCCGAGGCGGAGGCGGACGACUGCGACCACGCCGACGACACGCCCGUCAUUAACACGUCCCUGUGGGAGGAGCGGAAGGCGCGGGGGGAGGUGCGACUCAAAGCCAGGAGCCCCAAGGACGACUCCAACGACCACGACCAGCACGAAGACGACCACGACCACCACCAGGAGCCGCAGGCGAACGGUGACGAGGCCAGGGCGUGGAACGGCGCGGCGCCGGCCGAGCAGGGCGUCCUCGACACGACGUCCAUCGGCUCCGACCACUCGGCCGACCAGCUGCGCACCAGCACGCCCACGGCGGCGGGCAGGGCGUCCAGCCUGCAGAACCUCGAGCUCUCCAACGUGGCCCACGACGACUUCUUUGCCACCGAGAAGAAGAAGCCGAAAGCGCGCGGCCUCCGGAGCAUGGGCGCCUCCCUGCGCUCCAGCUUCCGCAAGGGCCUCAACCACAACAACAACCUGCAGGCCGCCGAGGGCGCCGCCUCGCCGGCGCUGGCCAAGCGAGCCCCGGACGCCAACUCGAUCCGCUCCGAGACGUCGGACGCCGCCGCGCCCUUCGACGAGGACGACGAGGGGCGGGCGAGGCACAACCUGACGCUGGGGGGCGAGACCAAGGGCAAGGGCAAGAGCAAGCUGCAGAGGUCGCUGAGCACGCUGAGCAUCGCGUCCAUCACGAAGCGCAGCAUGAGCAUGCGCCUGGCCUCCAGCAAGGCCACCGAGGUGUUCCGCAGGAUUGGCAGCAUGAAGGAGCGCGGCUACAAGAAGGGCAGCUACUCCCUGGAGGAGGCCGCCAGCUCCAGCAAGCUCUCCCUGCAGGGCCUAGACGACGACGUGUCGCAGAAGAGCUACACGGCCGAGCACAACCCCUUCGAGGAGGACGACCACGACGACUCCAAGGACGCCGACAGAGCGCAGAGCCCCGAGGUGGAGGCGGAGGGGGAGUCGCCGCGCCUCGAGAGGGUGCUGGCCGCGUCCGCCAUCACCGUCCCCAGGAGCAUCUUCAACCGGUGGAAAGACCAGAGGACGCUGAGAGCCUUCAGGAACCUGCGGGAGAGGAGCAGCAGCAAGAAGCCGCUGGAGGAGGACUUCGAGGGGUGGAGCUCGCAGAACGGAAGGGCGUCGCCCGUCGCCGACAACCCCGACGGCAUCAGAGAGUACCUGGCGUCCAUCGGCAAAGCGCACCUUAAGGCGGACCUCCUCGGGCACGUCAAAAUCCCCAUCAAGGACGUGGUGGGGACUUGGACGACGGAGAGCUGGUUCCCCAUGACCCUAAUUCGACCCUCUGGCGAGAGUCCGAAGCCGAAGAAGGGAAAACACACCAAGGGCGGCGUCCUUGCAGAUGCAAUGGGCACGGCGAAGGAAGGGGGGGCGAGGUGUCUCUGCAAGUUGCACGUGCGCGUUGCCCUCCCGUCCCCCCCAAGCACGGAACUGAGCAAGACGGCUUAUGACACUUACAGCAUCACCUACAGGAAGCUCGUGGACAUGCAGGUGGAAAAUAUGCAGGACUUCACGCAGUACAAAGGCGAGGUGGGAACGACGGGCGACGUGAUCCUCCAACAGCUGACCUUCUUCUCCCGGAUCGAGGAGUGGCACAGGACCUUGGUCAUGUGGCUCGUCCUGACGAGGGUGAAGCCGCUCGACCCAGGCCUCCUUCUGCCGCUGCUCAAGGGCGUGAGAGACAACCUCGUCGCCAGGAACUAUGUGACGACGCAGCGGCGGGAAAUCUGCACGACCCUGUCCUCGUGGGUGCGACACGUGCUAGCGAAGGAAUUCGAGAUGCUGCACACCUCCUUCCCCAGCACCUCUCUGCUCGUCGAACUUCCCAGGCUGGAAAACUACCUCAGAUGUUUCCGCACGGUCGAGAACUGUUAUGAACUCCGCAAGCCUUUUGAACACGAGUUGUCAACCCAGGGUCUGCCAGCUUGCGUCACCGACUUGCUCUUGGCCGCCCUCAGCAAGCACGUCGACACCUGGAUCGACGCCCUAUACAAGGAGGAGCUAAAGAGUCCUCCCAGCGCCCCAGACUCCAGGGAAGUCGUGGUGGAGGUUCCCACCGAGUGGCAAGUGUGGCAGGAGUCCCUCAGGAGAGCGGGGCUUCUCACCAACCCUAUCCUCAGCUUCCUGGCGAUCUCGUUGCACACGUAUCAGCCCAUUCUCAUGAUCGAGAUGGGAGUCGACUACCUGUACCUGGUGAUGCCGAAGCUCCUGAUGGCGGCGCAGAUGUUGGUCAAGCCCCUCCUGGCCUUCGACGUGGACGAGGGCCUCCCGCCACAGCAGAAGGAGGACGUCCUUCCCGGCGCACUCAAAGCUGCGUGGAUGCUGUGUGAUAAUCUGAGCGAGAUUAAUAAGCUGACCGUCAAGAGCGACCUCCCGCAGCAUCUGAUUCCGCAGGAGUACCGCCACAGCUUCUCGAGCGGCCUGACCCACUGGCUGGCCCUGAGCAAGCACCUGGCCUUCGGGGAGCUGGACCGCGAGGUGGCCCUGGACGAGUUCGUGGCGCUGGAGGACAUGGAGGGAUUCAGCCACAGCGCCGUGGGCAUGGUGGACCUCCUGAGGGCGCUGAUGAAGCGUCUGUCGUCCGUGAGUUGGCCAGGAGGCGUCGGGCCAAGCGUGGAGACUAUGGACACCAUCGCUGGCCAUUUGCUGGAGCUUGUGUUGCAGUACAAGGCCAAAGUGACCGAUGCUUAUAACAUGCGAGGAGGCUGCACUGAUAAGAUAUCUGUUGAGGUGUGCGUAGUGGUAAGGAACGUAGAGCAUGUCUGUGACGAAACGAGGAAGCAUCUCCUGCAGCUGUCCAGUAUGUGUGUGGACCCCGAAGGGCGGCAGAAAAGCCUGGAUCUGUCGGAGAGGAGCAAGCAACUCCAGUCCUAUAUUGACGAUAGCGCUGAGGAAUUGUUGAAGACGUGCCUCCCUCACCUGGAGCAGAUCCUGGAGAAGGGCGUGACGCGAGGGGGCCCCGAGAGCGUGCAGAAGGGGCUGGAGGAGGCGCUGUUCCCCGUGGAAGACCGCCUUUACUUCGCCGAGCCGCUGCUGCACGAGCUGUGGGUCCGGCUGUUCCGCCACGCCAUGCUGCUCAAGGAGCUCUACGUCAAGAGCGGAUGGCGAGAGAGACUCCGGAAGCUGCGUGAGGUGCUGACGAAGGCGCACACUUUCCUGACGGAUCAGCAGGGCGUCGGAUUCCACCUGACGCAGGCGGCUACUACAGACUACGAGACGCUGCAAGAGGACCUGAAGAUUCUCGGGGCGACGUCGGAGGAGCUGGUGGCGCUCUACUACCACGAACGACUCCGACAGCAGGAGCGGGAGUCGUCCAGCGCCACCGCACCUUUUAUAGUCGUUAACCUUGCCUUCGUGGACACGGGUCUGCGCGUCCACGUGAUCCAGGCGCCAGGGCAGCAUCGAGGGGUGUUGGUCAAGGCGAGAGUCGAACCCAAGUACUGGUUCGCCAAAAGUGAACCGCAGAAAACUAUUUUGGUGAAGGAGGACCCGGCUGUGUUCGACCAGGUUCUGGAGUUCCCGGAGAUUCUCGAAGACGUGCCUGACGCAGAGCAAGGCGGAGUCCUCACGCUGCAGCUGAGGACGCCGAAGAUCCUAGGCAACAGCGUGGUUCACAGCGAGGCAAUCGUGCCCUUGAAGAAUAUCCCUAGGAUGUCGACGGAGGCUCUGAGCGGCACGAGGCACAUUCGACUCACGCUGACGAGGCCCUGGAAACUUAGCAGCUACAGGCCCCUGGAGGCGCUGCGGACCCGCGCCCUCGACAAGGUGGCCGUGGCGAGCCUGAAGGACCUGGCGGAGCGGUGGGAGCCCGGCGAUCGGUCCAGCCAGAUCCAGGAGACGCAGAAGAUCCGCGCCACCUUCGCCCGCGCCGGCAGCAUGAAGUCCCCGAGCGCCUCCGCGGGGAAGGGCGCUCGGAGGCACCACGGCGGGAGUAUGAGGCUGGGCUCCGUCAAAUAGGAUCCUUUGGGGGGUCCGGGAGACUGAGUUCCUAUUGGGGCUCUGCGGGAUUGAGUUCCUUUGAGGCUGUGUUUUGGGUUUCAUUGGUCUCCGUGGAAAUGGGUCUUAUCGAGGUCCGCAUGUGAUCCUCCCUUUAGACUCUAAGGAAUAAAAUUCCCUUGGGCUCCGUGGAUUUAAAUCCCUUAUCGGGCGUCAGGGAAUAGAAUCCCCUUGGUAAAAUAAGGACCCACUUCUUUUUAAAAAUAUAUAUAUAAGAAUA